UCCCGUUGCGAAAUCAAGCACGUAUGUUGUCAUUUUCGCAACGACCCGUUGUUAUAUUUUUCAACAACGGCUGUUGGUGAAUUGUGCACGAACGUGCUCAAAUUGACACCGAGACGUGGUCAACUUUCGGUACCAACAACAGCCGUGCUUAAUUUGUCCAUUUGUAAUAUUGGUAAUUGCAGCCGAUUACACACGAGUAAAAAAUGACAACGGUGGUGCAUGAUUCACACACGGUCGUUGUCAAUAUGACACCGGUCGUGUAUGAAUUAUGCACCACCACCUGCAUAAUGAUGCACCACCGUUGUUACUUUGUACACCGACGUGCAUGAAUCGUACACGAUCGUUGCCAUUUUAGCAACUACCGUGUAUGAAUCAUGCACCACCGUUGUCAUUUUUUUUACUCGUGUGCAAUCGGCUGCAUAUUUACCAUUUUUUCCGUGUUAUUGAAAGAGAAAGGACGCAUUGUGCAAAAAAUUUAUUGAAAAUGAAUAAUAAUUCGCAAGAUCCUCAAAAUAUCAUUGGUGAGUUGUUAGAAAUCGAUGGCAAUAUUGUUGUGGUUCGCGAUACAAACCAUUGCAGCAGUCAAGAUGCGGAAAACAAUGAGGACGAUUAUAUGUUAAGGGAGUUCUUAAAAGGAAUAAAUAUGGAGUCGCUUUUUGAACAAUUAAAAGCAUCACAUGUAACAUUUCGCAGCUUGCAGUACUUGAAAAAAGAAGAUUUAAAGGAAGCAGUGCCACCAUUGGGACUGCGUGUUGAAUUCAGAGAAAAGCUCUUUGCUUGGAAAAAACGAAAGCUCGGGAUUGAUGACGAAACUAUGUCAGUUCCAUCUAAAAUAGGUGAAUGGUGGAAACGCAACGAGACACCUGCAAGUACUCCUGGUACUCCCGACACUACAGGUUCGAACUGCUCAAAAGCCAAAGGAAUUUUGUCAGAGGAUCUAACGGAAUUGUUAACACAUACCUCGAAGGGGAAACUAGCGCUUGAAUGUAGUAGCGUUAAUAAGAAAUUAAGUGACGAGCAAAGAGAUGAUAUAAUUAAUAUAAUUAUUGAAGAUAUUUUAACCAACAAUGUUACUCUUUACACUCAAGACUAUAUGCGCAUAUUGGAUGAAAUUUGUUCCGUUUUUCCUCUUGAAAACGAAAUGAGGGAUUAUUAUUACAUUUCAAGAAAAGGAAAGAACAACGCAAGCGGAAAACUUUAUGCCAAGUAUAGAAACAAGAAGUCCAAAAGAAUAAAGCUUUUGAUUUCCGAGCCUAGCACAAGCAAAGCAGCAACUCACACAUCUCCUAAUUUUUGUAACAAAGAUGUUCCCGAAAUUGAUGAAUCAGUUGAAAAUUCAUUGAAAGCUUCCUUACUAAGAGAAUGUAAUGAUUGGGGAUCGAUCUGCGAAAAAUGGAAAAGAUCUUUUAACAUACGGCAAAGAGAUAUAAAAAAUUUAAGUAGCCAUACAUUUCUCCUUGAAUGGACGAAGUUGUCCGAUGCAAGAGCUUCAGAAUUGGUCAACAUUGAUUUCGAUAUUAUGUAUCCACAGAAAGGCAAUCUUCUACUUUCUAAAUGGGACCAAUUUAAGAAAAAAAUUUACAAUUAUUAUGGGAAAAAUAUUCAUAACGAACAUUGCAAACAACUCUUCGCAAAUGUUUUGACGGCAAGCAGCAUAGGUAAAUUUUAAUUCCUGAUUUAUCAUAAACAUUAAAAGUAAUAUUUAUUUUAUAUUUCGGUUGCAGAUGCUCAAGAUUAUAUAUACGCAAUACUGUUGAAUUCAGUUUUACCAUCACCUGCUAGGUUUAAAUGUGGAAACGGUAAAUUACGAAAAAAAGUAACAAUAGCUGAUUCGCAGGAAAGUUUCGUACUGCGACUACCGACAAUUAACGAUUAUAAAAGGCAAAUUGAUACAGUCACUGAAAAGUAUUACAAUGCUGGAUUAACUAUACAGCCAUUUAUAAUUGUGGAGGGUUUGUCCGAUUUCAAUAUAAAAGGUUUUUAUGUUUUUUUUAACCACAAUUUGUUAAAAUUUCAAUCGUUCCUCGAAUGUUUAGAUACAUGUUUUAAAAUUUUUCAUGCACUUUCUUUAAAAUAUCCAAAUGCCUGCCAAAUUCCAUGGAUUUUUAUCCAAAAAUAUUUUUAUGAAAUUAAUACUGUAUAUGAUAUAAAAUCAGUUAAUUUGACUUCACUUAUUAAUUUCUGCAACAAUAAUUAAAGUACAAUUCAAAAUGUAUAUUUGCUUUCGUUGCCGUAAGCAUUUUGAUAAGGCAAAUCUUUUAAUAGCUCAUUUGAAAACAGACCAUUUAAUGUCCACUAAAUUUUUAAAAGUACAAUGCGUUCAGGACAACUGUAAGCAAACAUUUACAAAAUUUACGUCAUUCAGAAUUCAUUUAGAAAAACUUCACAAGAAUCACACAAAAGCUCCACCAAUGGUUAAAGCCAUUAAUGUGCCAGUUGAAAU